GCGCAAGUCCACCGAACCGAUUCACCCGAACGUUAAUCUCUAUCUCUCUCUCAUUCAUUCGUACAUGGUAUAUACAUCCCAGCGAACUUGGCACCCAAAAGAAAUUUUCCUUCUCCUCUGUCUCUCCCCCGAAACCUCUCGCAAAUCCAAAUAAAGUGCUCCUCAACGGCAAACCCACAGAGAAAGAAGAAAAGACACAAACCUCAAGUCCUCAACUCGCGCACACACAGAGACAAGGUCCUCACUCAUCACAUAAACGCAUAAACGUAGAAAACAGAGACUCCACACAGACUGAGAACGAAAACCCAUUUGCACACACGCACAUCAAAGAGAGAGAUUGGUAUCUGGUAGCUAUGGCGGCCGAAAGAUCAAAGCCUCUGCACAACUUCUCCUUGCCAUGCUUGAAAUGGGGCAACCAGCGAUUUCUCAGGUGCAUCAAAGUCCCUCCAACCUCCCAACCCUCCUCCUUCCAUCUCCGAUCUUCGUCCGAACCCCAUCAUCAAUCCUACCCCAAACCCAACAUUGACAACAACGAAGCGCUCAAUCCAACUCGCAAUCCAAAGCCCACGUCCAAUGCCCACAAACCAACCAAGUCUAAGAAUCCCAGGUUCACGGUUUCUGAAGAAGGAGAGGACCGAAAUUCCGGGCCCUGGAACCUCAGGACGAGAAGUGCCGCGUGUACAGCUCCAAGAGAUGAGAGGAAGAUCGAAUCGGGUUCUUCGUCGCCGAAAAAGGGUGACUAUGCUGUGGCGGUGAAGGCGAAGACGAAUGAGAAGGUGAAGUUUGCGGUUUCUCUAUUGAAGGAGGAGGUGGAGGAGGAUUUUCUGAAUAUGGUUGGAGCGAGACCGCCAAGGAGGCCGAAGAAGAGGCCUCGGAUGGUACAGAGGCAAUUGGAUUCACUUUUUCCGGGGUUGUGGCUCUCAGAGGUUACAUUGGAUUCAUACUAACUUCCUGUUGUUCCUGAAUGAGGAAGCAAGGUGUAAAGAUGAAAUCAUGGUUGGUUUCUGGUAUGUUCAAAUGUUUUGCCUACUAACCACUUGUACAGUGUGACCUGAAUAAUGGUAAUAGCACAAGAACCAUGUCAAUUGAGAAUCCAAUUAAAUAAAAUUUGAUUUGAAAUUCCUGA